AUAACAUAUCACUCCGAAUACUUCAAGCUCCGUGUACCCGUUUUCGAGAUUUCCUGGUCACAAAGACUGUCGGAAGUGACCAGAUUUUCAUAAAUAAUAAAUCCCUUGCAUACAUGUUCAAAAUAAAACAUUUGGCGUAAGAAAGAAAAUGAUUGAAUUUGGAAUCAUAACGUGCCCAAGACAAACUGUCCUAUAUCCGAAAAUACGUUCGAUUAAAAUAAAAUAAAAGCUGCACCAAACGUAUUGCUGUAAAAAUUAUAAAUACAGUGUUCGCAUCAAGCAUUCGAUUUGAAUGAUGCUUGUACAAAGGCGAGGGUAUCAAGAAAUAUUUAUUAUUGUUAUCAAGGUGUACAUAGGUGUUAAAUGAGUGUAUUUUUACACCGAACUGUGCUAAUUAAAUAAGGUGAUGAUGACUUUGACACUAUGUGAUAUGCGCGCUAAUCAGUUCACUAAAAUUUAAGCAGAAGGAUCAUUACAGAAAUUGUCCUUAGUAAAGAGGUUAUAAGAUGGUACUUUGAUCAGUGCAAGAAUGAAGAUUACUAUCUUCCAUUGAAUUGGGAUGCUUUGAAACUGCAGGAUACCGACCUUGGGUUCUAACGUUUUGGCGGAUAAUCUUCCUUGAUAUCCUCCAAUCAAGCACGAUCGCCCGUCCUUCAUUACUCCAACAUUGCAUCUCCGAGAAUCAAUCAGUGAAAUGCCAGCAAAAGAUGCCAGACAUGAUAGACCAUUCAGUGGAUACAUUUCAAUUAACUGGGAUCAAACUGAAAACGUUCGACUUAGGAAGGGUUGUGUAUAUAUUUCCGAACGUUCAGAAUGUUUCCAUUACUGAUGGAAAUAUUGUCAAUUUGAUACCACCUAAGAAACCGAACAGUAUUAAGGUUUUGGAAUUGAGAAGACUGCUGCUCACAAAUAUAAGCAGAGACUUUAUAAGGCACUUUCACAAUAUCGAGGUUCUAGAUUUACGUGAAAAUCAUCUAGAACAGUUUCCUGUGGAUUUUUUUUGGGGAAAUGUAAAAGAACUGAGGCUAAGCAAUAACAGUUGGAACUGCUCUGAUGAUUUGAGUUGGAUCUUCAAUAUGAACAAACGGGUAGUAGUGGAUAUCAAUGAUCUCAAAUGUUUCGGAUUACCCUACCCAGGAAAACCUUUGAUAUCAAUAGCCCAAUAUAUAAAGGAACUAGAAGACACCUGUAUCCCCAACUGCGAGUGCUUCUUAUCAAAAGUAGUCCAAGAUAUAAUGACCGAUGAUCUGGUACCAAUAAUAACGAUGAACUGCUCCUACAGAGGAUUAAGAGAACUACCUUCCAGUCUGCCAAAUAACACAAGAACGUUACAUUUGGAAGGAAAUUCCAUCGCUUCCUUGGAACCACUGAAUAAUAAUCCAGUUUAUGAAAGUUUGUGGGAUUUGUAUUUGGAUACCAACGAUGUCAGUAGCAUUGACGACCUAGAAGGGUCAUUUUGGUUGAAGCAUUUUAGAGAGUUUUCGUUAAAAGGAAAUAAGUUGACCAAGAUUCCAGCAUAUGCUCUGGAUAAUGCUUUGUUGAAAAAUCCUAAUAUGCCCAAAGCUGUGAGACUGUACCUUGGUGGAAAUCCUUGGAGGUGCGAUUGCAUUUUCAUUCCUGUUUUCCAGGAAUUGGUCUUGCAGAAAUACGCCACUCAGAUAAAGGAUAUAAGAGAUGUGAAGUGUUCUUAUGUUCAAGGGGAUGAGAACUCUCUUAUGCCAAUUAUUGAUCUAUCCAGAAGCUCUGUGUGCAGACUGCCUCCAGAAUAUUCCUUGCAAGAAGGUCUAGAUCUUCUAAAUGGAAUCUUAGCAAGCCUCAUUGUAUUUAUACUGGGAAAACUUGCUUAUGACUACUACCAUUUUAAGAAAACUGGACGGUUGCCAUGGAUAGUCACUAAAAUGCCUUAAUAGUAUUUAUAGAUAGUAAUAUAUUUUUCUUCAUUGUAUAAA